CUAAGUGAACUAAAGUAGACCAUCACCACUCAAAAAAAAGAAAAAGAAAAAGUGAACUAAAGAAGACGAGUAGUACUCACUGGCAACAAUCUUUAGCAAACAUGGCAGAUAAUUCUCUUCUAACUCUGCUCAAAGUAAUGAUGAUUUUAAUAUGGGCUGCUUGGAUUUGUUUUUGGAUUCUAAAGCCCACCCAGCUAUGGACAAGAAAAUGGAAACAAGCAGAAGAUAGAUCAAAGCCAACAGUUUUUGGAUAUUCUGGUCUUAAUUUUGCUGUGUUUACAUUCCCUGUAAUUGCUGUGGCUAUACUUGGAUCCGUGUACUUGAAUUUGCGGCAGAGACAGCCAAGAAGGAGAACAAAGAGAAGCUCAAUUUCUGGUUUUUCAAAUCUACUGGUUGUGAACCCCCUUCUGGGUAUUGUAUCUGCUGUUGAAAUCCUAGCAGUGUUCUUGUUUCUGCUUUUCUUAGCAUGGACUUUUUAUGCUAGAAUCUCUAAUGAUUUUAAGAAGUUAAUGCCAAUCAAAUCGCUAAAGCUGGAUAUAUGGCAAUUGAAGUAUCUAAGAGUGGCAACAAGGUUUGGUUUGCUAGCAGAAGCUUGCCUUGCUUUACUUUUCCUACCAAUCUUAAGAGGGCUAGCCUUGUUUCGGGUACUUGGCAUCCAGUUUGAAGCUUCAGUAAGAUAUCAUAUAUGGCUUGGAACUGCAAUGAUACUCUUUGCUACAAUCCAUGGUGGUAGCACCUUGUUCGUUUGGGGAAUUAGCCACCACAUUCAGGAUGAGAUAUGGAAAUGGCAAAAGACUGGCCGAAUAUACCUUGCUGGGGAGAUUACUCUAGUUACAGGAUUAGUCAUUUGGAUCACAGCACUUCCUCAAAUAAGAAGAAAAAAGUUUGAAAUUUUCUACUACACACAUCAUCUAUACAUCGUCUUUCUGGUGUUUUUCUUGUUUCAUGCUGGAGACCGGCAUUUCUAUUGGGUUUUCCCCGGGAUUUUUCUCUUUGGUCUUGACAAACUACUCCGAAUCGUACAAUCAAGACCGGAAACAUAUAUUCUUUCUGCACGAAUCUUCCCUUUGAAAGCUGUGGAACUAAUUCUGCCAAAAGAUCCAAGACUAAAGUAUACUCCAACAAGUGUGAUAUUUGUGAAGAUACCAAGUAUAUCCAAAUUUGAAUGGCACUCUUUCAGUAUAACUUCCAGCACCAGUAUUGAUGAUCAAACAAUGUCUGUCAUUGUUAAAUGUGAAGGAUCAUGGACAAGUUCUCUGUACCACUUGAUACAAUCUAAGAUCGAAAUGGAUGCUGAUAAGUUAAGUAGCAUACCUAUUGCUGUUGAAGGUCCAUAUGGACCUGCUUCACUAGAUUUUCUUAGAUAUGACAGUUUACUUCUGAUUGCUGGAGGAAUUGGGAUAACACCAUUUCUAAGCAUCUUGCAGGAAAUUAGUUCACCCCAGAAUAACAGCAGAUUUGGGUUCCCCACGAGAAAGCAACUUAUAUUCGUCAUGAAGAAGUCUGACGAGAUUAGUCUGUUAAACUCAAUCUCACCACUAAUUCUAGAGAAAUCAUCUGAACAAUCACAUCUGAAAUUAAAAGUAUUUGUGACACAAGAGCAUCAAUCAGGUGAAACGCUUGAAGAACUACUGCACGUGUUUUCUCAAGUGCAAACGGUGCACUUCAGUACACAUGGUACCAAGCAUGCAGUAAAUGGACUUGAAAGUUCAUCUUGGAUGGCUGCGAUAGCCGGACUUUCUUCCAUAGUGUUCCUUGUCUUCCUUAUCUGUUUUAACCAUAUAUUUGUUCCCGAAGAGAAAAAGGCCUCAAAAGCCUCCAAAGAGAAAAACCCAUCAUGGGUUGCUGAUCUACUCAUCAUAGCUUCAUUUGCAAUAGCAAUUCUAAGCGGUGCUUUUGCAGCAGUUGCUAUAAGAUGGAGGAGGCUGAAGAAACAAACUCCCCUAAUUUUCCAAAAACCAGGCAAAGCCAUGGUACCAAGUUCGACAGUAGCAAGGAGCACAAUCGAGGAACACGAAAUCCAUUUUGGAGGAAGACCUGAUUUCCAAGAUAUAUUCAACAAGUUUCCAAAUGAAAUGGGUGGAACCAAUAUUGGAGUUCUGGUCUGUGGGCCAGAGACCAUGAAAGAGUCGGUAGCAGCUAUAUGCCACCAAAGGUCACAAGCUUUCAAGACUGGUGCAAAGAAAGCAAAUUUCUACUUUCACUCCCUUAACUUCAAUCUUUAGUUUAAGUCUCAUCAAUAUUCUACAUAUACCAAUAAAGAGAGAAGUGUUUAACAGAAAUGUCAUCCACUCUAAGAUAAAAAUGUAGGUCUGGUUAUCCAGAUUUUGUGCACAUUUUAGUUUCUCUUUUGGGGUUUAGAAUAAUGAAUCUCACCAUCUCAGCAUGUAAAUAUAUUUGUAUCUGCAUGAAUAUAGUUUUAUAAAUUUGGAAUGUGAAGAGAUUUGCUUGUC